CUGACACUUAUUCAACACUGCCACCUUAAGCAGAUUACUUUUGCGCUCGCCUGUGUCAAAUACGUGCUUCACUUUGCCUACAUCCAUCAUGUUUGGGAUGCUCCAGCACCACCUUCACCCCGGUGUUCUUUUCUUCUUCUUCUUAUGGCUAUGCCAUCUCAUGGAAGAUCAAAAAGUUCAAGCUGGAAACUGCUGGUUGCAGCAGGGGAAGAACGGGAGGUGCCAGGUGCUGUACAUGCCUGGGAUGACCCGAGAGGAGUGCUGUCGGAGCGGGAGACUGGGGACGUCCUGGACCGAGGAGGACGUCCCCAACAGCACGCUCUUUAGGUGGAUGAUCUUCAAUGGCGGAGCUCCUAAUUGCAUACCGUGCAAAGGUGGAGAAAGCUGCGAAAAUGUCGACUGCGGACCCGGUAAAAGGUGCAAGAUGAACAGGAAAGGUAAGCCGCGCUGCGUCUGCGCUCCAGACUGUUCCAACAUCACCUGGAAAGGUCCGGUGUGCGGCUCAGACGGCAAGACCUACAAAGAUGAAUGCGGACUCCUGAAGGCGAAAUGCAAAGGCCACCCCGACCUGGACGUGCAGUACCAAGGAAAAUGCAAGAAAACCUGCCUCGGUGUCCUGUGCCCGGGAACCACCACCUGCGUCGUGGACCAGACAAACAACGCAUACUGUGUGACGUGUAAUCGGAUUUGCCCCGACGUGGCGUCGUCUCAGCACUACCUGUGUGGGAACGACGGGAUCACCUACGCCAGCGCCUGUCACUUGAGAAAGGCCACCUGUCUCUUGGGCAGGUCGAUCGGUGUGGCAUAUGACGGAAAAUGCAUCAAGGCCAAGUCAUGUGAGGACAUCCAGUGCAGUGCAGGGAAGAAGUGUCUGUGGGACGCUCGGAUGAGCCGGGGUCGCUGCUCGCUCUGCAACGAGUCCUGUCCGGAGAGCAGGACGGACGAGUCGGUGUGCGCCAGCGACAACACCACAUAUCCCAGCGAAUGUGCCAUGAAGCAGGCUGCUUGUUCUAUGGGGGUGUUGCUGGAAGUCAAGCACACAGGAUCUUGCAACUCUACAUCACUCCAGCUAUAGGAAGCAGAAAGGACUUGGGAAUGGAAGAACUUGCAUGACUUUUGUCUUUGUCGCCGAUUUUUUGUUCUUGUGUUCUUGAUUUUUUUUCUCACAUUUUUUAAGUAUUUUUUGGAAAGCAAGUUAAGAGAAAAGUGACUGAACGAUUCAAUCCUAUGUAAGUUGUCUCUAAAAGCCUGGGAGGAAAGAUAAUUUUAUCAAAUAAGCUCAAACACUAGAAGAGACCUAGUUUGCUUGCUGUGGCGCAACCCCAGAGCUGGCCCAAGGCGUAAGGGAGCUGAGUUGCUGCUGAGGACAUCCAGGCCAGCAGGAGGCCCUCAAGGGAGUCUCAGUUUGCUUUGAUGUUUGAACUUUUGAUCUGGGACUGAAAUAACACCCAAUUUAACUAUGUUCCAACUACAAGUUUGAAAACCAGUUAAAGUUGCUAAUUGUUGUAUUAACAGGGUAACAAAGGAAGAGCAUAACGCUGCCCAGUUUAAUAUUGUAAAAUGCUGUAACUUUAUUCAUUUUUAACCUUAAUGAUGAUGUCAUUUAAAAGACCAUUACAUGCACUUUCAAAUGCAUUUGUUUUGACAUAUAAUAUAUUACAUAAAUAUACCUCAUACUUGAGGUGACAUGUCGGUCAGUGGGCAAUGGUUUUAGCUGUAAGUGGGCUCCCAAAUCACAUUCUGCUUUGGGCUCCUAAAACCUUUGGCCAGCUCUGGAAUAUCCUGAAACUUAAACCUAGUUAGAGUCGUAGUCAUGCUAGUCGCCUGCAGAAGCAGGAAGCCUUAAAUUUCAUGCAGUAUCUCAUCCUAGAGAUCACAUUACUACAGCUUGUAAAUUCCACGCUCACACUGCUUGAUUCUUAGAAACCUUUUUUCUUUAUGAUGUUUUUCUUUUUAUUGCUUUUGGCUGUAAUCAAUCAAACGCCCUAGAAAUAUUAGCUCACAACAAGCAAAAGGUGAUUGUAAUGUUGGUGCUGCAUAAAAAAGAACCUUAAAGAAGAUCCUUUGGACACUCAGAAACCUGAAAUAUCUAACGUACAUUCCAGUUUCCGAAUAUUUGGGAAUGUUCUUUUUUUCUUCUUAGUUUCUUUCACCUGAAAAAAAUCUCUUAAGUCGUAUUUAAAGUAUGUAUUGGACUGGUGACCAACUUUAUGAUCACCUUGUGAGCUAAUUACAAAUGUGAUUUGUUACUGUAAACAGGAGAAGCUGUUUUUUGAGCAGGCUUUUACUGUCUGCACUGUUGUAAUUAAAGAAAAUGUAUCAGAUAUUUUACAUCCACUUUAAGAUAAUGAGGGACCCUUCUUUUUUUUGUAUUGUCGUUCUUGCGCUUGCUUGCGUGCUUUUUUUUGUUUUUGUUUUUUAAAUGUAAAUCUAUGUAUAAAAGCAGAAGAAAAUACCUCAGAACUGUGUUAAUGACAUUUAAUGCGUUGGCCACAGCCCUGGACGUUUGCACCCUGACCUUCCAUCUUAAUCAGAAAAAAGCUAAGCAAAUUGGAGAGCAGAUGAACAAAUUUUUUUGGCGUUAUAUAUGUGUUUUUGCUUUUCAAGAUUCUGCCAAAAACAGAACAGAGCUACUGGAGCAUCAACCCCAGUGUCCUUAUAUCUGUAUAUCCCUCCUUGUGAUUCCCCUUUCAACCUUUUUUACCCCAUUCUGUGGCACUGACGUGCUUGAUUAUAUAAAUGGACAUUGUAUAAUUGGUGAUUCUUGCAGCCAAGUAACACAGACAUUUUCAUAAAAACAACUAACAAACAUAAAAAAAAGUGUAAGACGUUUUGUUGUGAACCUUUUUGACAUUCACUGAUAUAUUCUGCGCUGUUGUAGUCCGUAUUCAUACAACAGCUACCAUGUAUUCUCCCAUUUAGCCAUUACAGAAGACCAGGAGGAGGAUGAGGAAGAUGGGGACUCAGACUACAAGGCCUAUGUCCAUUUAUCUUCUCUACUGGAUGGAUAAGCUCCCAUCAGUAUAGAGGGGGGAACUUUUCCUAGGACAAGGAAUCAUGUCCAUACUGUACAUUAUGUGUAUGCUUAUUUAUUUUUUAAUGAAAAAAGGAAGUAUACAUAUAGUUCAGUCUGCUAGAUGUUUAUUUAUACUGUUUUUGUGUUUUAUAAUUUAUACAUUUACAUUGUCCAGCUUUCACUUAUCAUCAUAUAUUCCCCCCGUUUUUGUUGUUGUUAUUUUACUUCCUUUUUUACCAUGAAGAAUUAUAUCUGUCCAAAGAAAAAACAGUGUUAUUUAUUUGUCAUUUUACCAUGUAAGUAUAAGUCAUCUACAAGCUGUAAAUUGCAUUCCCUGAGCUGUAAAAAACCUGCUUGUUUCUGUCAAAUCUCUAUCACAGAUGUUUAUGUCACACAUACGUAAAUGCAUGUUUAGGCUGUGUGUUUAUUUAUUGGGUAUAUAUAUCAAUCAUUUUAUGUACAUACAUUUAUUUUUUUUUACAGCUAUCAUAACUGACCAAAGGAUGUUCUCUCACUGGUUUGAGCAUUGCAAAUGGUGCAGGAAUGAAAUGGAAAAGAAAAAAGAGAGCCAAUUGUGUUUCUUUUCUCAUACUUAUAUGAAUUGGUUUUAGUCCUUUAUAUUUCUUUUUAAAACCUGAAAACGUGAUUCCACAACAUUUAUGUAGUCUCACAACAUUGAAGCAUAGUCAAGAUUUUGGACAACACUUGAUCAUUUUGGAAACAAUGUGCCAUUAACAUUUGUGAACUGUCUACUUGCCAAUGUGCUCCGUAUAGCUCUCACAGAGUGACAGUAGGAUUACUUCUCUGCAGUACUCUACUUUGUACCAGACUCCUUUACCUUGUUUAUGUUUCCGUUUUUCCCCUCUGACUGCAUUUUUUAUUAUUUUCAAACAUCACUAGAGAAAUACAAAAUUCUGUUAUGAAUAUAUAGUUUUGUAUUUUUAUGUAAAUGUCAUAUGUACAUACAAAGUUUGAUGGUAUUUGUACAGAUAUGAGGAGUGAAACAAUAAAAUCUUUUCCU